CCCAAAUUCUGCACAGAGCUCACAGGCUAGAUUAAUACUCAGCUGGUGAUUUGAAAAGAAAAUAAGCGAAACAGUUCUAUCAGUUUCUUUGCCGAUCCUUCCUUGGGAGAGGAUAUCUACCAUCUGGAGACUGAGCUAACAGGAUGAUCCCUGGGAUUUUAUGGCCUGUUUGGAUUUACAGCCAAUUAUUGAUUGGUAGUCAAUACAAAGCAAAAGGGGAAAGAUUUCAGCUCACCAAAUAAGUGAAAAGCAGUCACCGCAGUACCCGCUUAACCAAAACACCAAUGCCUGAUGUGUGGGACUUGACUACCUCAAGCAAAUGCAAAUAUCUGGUCUGAAUUUCUUAUCUGGCAGCCCAAAUGCUUGGCCUCAACUAUUAAGAACAGUGAUCUGCAGUCAAAGGGCAGAAAAGCAACCAGUGCAGAUACACACAGCUUUCCAGUGCCAAAGUCUCAAUUUUCUACAAUACGUACUGAUAAAUGAGUAAACACACCUGAAUGAACGCCAAGGAGAUGCAUUUUGUAUUGGAGAUAAGUAAACUACAUCUAUUGACCAGAAACACAAUGCCAUUGCAGGGCCCAAGUUGUGUCCCACUGGAUUCUCCAAACAGCAGAUAAAGUAUGCUACUAUACAGUAUGGCAGAAGCAUUUUUGACACAUUGGGAUGAAUUGAUUGAAUGCAUCAAUAUAGACAAAUGUAAAUACUUAAAACAGCAAAGAAUUAUUUAUAGAUCAUUCAAAACAUAAUUUUUGAAAAAUGUAUUACUGCCUUUGAUGAUGGAAUUGCAAUUAAUCUCACAAUUAUUGCUAUUUCCCAAUGAAAGUGAACUGAAUAAAUCCAGUUACUGUAAUGAAACCUUACAUUGUAGCUAUAUAACUGAAAACCAAAGUGACAGCCAUUUUUACAGUAUCAGCCUCUUUCUAUCUUGCCUGUAUACAGUUCUUCUAUUUCCCAUAGGCUUCAUUGGAAAUGGAUUAAUCCUGGUUGUAAACUUGAAUGAUCAUAAGAAAAUGACCAUCCCAGAUCUCUAUUUUGUAAAUCUUGCUGUAGCUGACCUGAUCCUUGUAGCAGAUUCCCUCAUUGAGGUCUUCAACCUGAAUGACAAGUACUAUGACAUAGCCAUUCUGUGCACCUUCAUGUCCCUGUUCCUGCAGAUCAACAUGUACAGCAGUAUCUUCUUUCUCACAUGGAUGAGUUUCGACCGGUACCUUGCCCUGGCACAAUCGAUGAAGUCUGGCACACUCCGAACAUUGCAGCAUGCAAAAUGGAGCUGUGGCCUGAUCUGGUUGACAUCUAUCCUGGCUACAAUGAUGCCUUUUGCUGUGGUACAAGUGCGUCACACAGGGGAAGUUCACUUUUGCUUUGCAGAUGUUACAGAGAUUCAAUGGUUGGAGGUAACUCUUGGGUUUGUCAUACCCUUCUUCAUCAUUGGACUCUGCUAUUCACUGAUUGUACGGAUUCUCACAAAAGCCCAGAAGCACAACCGCCUUUGGCCAAGACGUCAGAAGGCCCUUCGCAUGAUUGUUGUGGUUGUUCUGGUUUUCUUUAUCUGUUGGCUACCUGAAAAUGUCUUCAUCAGCCUUCAGCUCCUACAAGGCACAAACGAUUCAUCAGUUUCUCUCAAGAAAUCAAUGGGCCACUAUUACCCACUUACACGUCAUAUUGUCAACCUGGCUGCUUUUUCUAACAGUUGUCUGAAUCCUAUUAUUUAUAGCUUUCUAGGGGAAACGUUCCGAGACAAACUUCGCCUUUACAUGAAAAGGAAAGCAAGCGUAUCUACAGUUUAUCGGCUUUGCAACAACACUUUGAACUGGAACAUUCCUGUAACUGUAGAGGAAUCUUUUGCAUAGCAGAUGAAAUCUCUACAAGCACAAGUAAUUAAAAGGAGGCCCAAAUUGCAUUCAAAUUUGUUUAAUUAUAAUUUUCAGUUUGGCCAGUUGGAAGCAAUGUUUCCACAGCCAUCAACUUCAAAGUGAGUUGGUCUAAGCACAAUAAUGGAAGUCAACUCCAAUAUAAUGACCAGGAUGAAGUUGGUCGAAUGCAUUUGGGUAAAGUUGAGAGCAACCUCUUUCUACGUUUGCUGCAUUCACCAUGCUUUUUACUCAUAUGGAAACAAUCAACUAGCACUUGUUCAUGUGACUAUUUAAGGCUUUCAGUUUAAAGCAGAAUUAUAUUUAAUAAAGAUAUUAAAAGUCCACAAAGUAGACCCUUUCCUAAACUGGAAGGAAAAUGAAAAACAGAAUAAGACUCAAAUGUACUAAAUUUUGUAUGGUUUGUAAAAUAAUUCUACCUUAAUUUCAACCUGUGCAUUCAGUUUAAUUGCAAUGAUACAAACUAAGUUUGACAGUACAUGUUGAGUUUUUAAAAGUUUGUAUUUGUUGAUCAAGCAUCACAACUUAACAGAAAACCCUGGGGGCAGUAAAAAUGUCAGUGUUUAUGAAUGAAAAAUUCAUUGUGUUAUCAAGGUCAGACAUUCCAGAAAACAACCUAGAGGCAUACCAACACCAAUAUAACAAUACUUCAAAAUAAACGUGGAUGAUGAGUUCAUGAACGGAUAUCAAUGAAAGUAAUAUUUAUAACAAAUAUAGGGUGAACUGGGUCUAAUUUUCAAGUUACCUCGCAGGCAGAUUACAGUCAGAUAACCAAGAUUGCUCAAAAUAUACUUGGCUGUUGUAAUUCAUGAGGGGGAAAAUAAGACAGAUAGAAAAUAAAAAUGGAGAGAGACAGGGUAAGCAAAAGCACAAGUGAGAGAAAGUUGGUAACUCAAGAAAAAGUAAAUUUGAGAGGAAAGGCAAAAAGAACAGAUGAAAGAAAGGCAGUACCUACACACAUAUAGUAACUUUCACAACCUCAGUGCUUCCAAAAUCACCUACUGCAACUAUUUUGAAGAAUGCACUGUUGCAAUAAAGGGAAUGCAUCAGGUUGAGGUUCUGGGUGUGAGUUUGCUCGCUGA